GAAUCCAAUUUGAGAUUAUAUAAACAACACGCUACUUUAUUAAAUGUUAAUAUGUUACUCGAAAGUGCGACUUGUGGGAAAAAUAUCUGUUUCGACUCAAUGAUGCAGGGCGCGUUCAAGAAGCUACCUCAUAUCUGUGUUCUGAACUGUUCCACAGCUUUUAUGAGUGAAGGGACGGCGACAGUGGCUGGUGAGUUGUUUUGAAUGCAACUCGAAUAGACUAAGGAGUAGCCUUCUCUGAGCAGCAUCACAUUUAUGACCACUCACCAGACUAAAGGUAGAUGUGAAAAGCUGCUCCACGAAACCUUAAAUUGGAUGCUGAUUGCAAAUGUUCGGAACAGUUUUUAUAACAAUGCGGGAACAGUUCUGAGCGAGAUUUAUCAUCCACGGAUGGACCUGGUGCCUGUCGGCUGAGACAUCAUAUACAAUCCACGGCCAGACUGACGAGGCGGGACAGCCGACAGGAUGGUGGAGCGGUCGGACCGAGCCCCUCUGCUGGACUGGGAGGAGGUUCCGUCCGCGGAGAAGCCCGGCGUUACAGCACCGGCGGCAGCUCACGCCAAGGAACGACUGUCGAGCCCCACCAACAGCCGCGCCACAUCAGGAUGCUCCACGCCUGUGUUUGGGUGGAGCAGCAGUCCAGGAGGUCCCAGGUCUGUCUCCGGCUCAGACGUCUGCAGCACCCCGCCCACGACCUCCAUCACCCCGGUGGGCACGGAUGAAGGGCUGCGUCCAGGCAAGGAGCAGUAUCUGUCGGAUUUAGGCUCGAGGGAUGUAUCUCUAGAAGACAGGAUGGUGACAUGGGAGGAAAAGGACCAGAUUGUGUCGGUUUUUGUUGUUACAUUCAAUACCAGAUCAGGAAACAUGCUGGAGUGGUGUCUGCCGAAAGACAUGGACCUAGAGGGAGUGGAGUUCAAAGCCAUCGCAAGUGGCUCCCACAGAGUCACCACAGACUUUAUCUACUUCCGGAAAGGCGGCUUCUUUGGCCUUGCCUGCUUUGCCAACAUGGCGGUGGAGAGCACAGUGGAGAGGGGGGCGAGGAUGAAGUCGGUAGGAAUCCUGUCUACUUCCUACACCUUACUCUACCGCUAUAUGAGCUUCCUGGAGCACCAGGUCAGGCUCCAACUCCACUCCCCAGGCCACUACUCCCCGCUGGAGGCCUUCUAUGAGGACAAGAGGGCACUGCUGCCCCCCAGUGGAGAUGGUAUUGUUACUGCAUGUCCAGCCAGUGCCUGGGGAGCUGCUAUCAACCACAACAUGCACCCUGAGAUGAAGAUCACACACCCGGCAGGCUGUAUGUCCCAGUUCAUUCGCUUCUUUGGAGAGCAGAUCAUGGUGCUGUGGAAACUAGCUUUGCUCCGCAGACGCAUCCUCAUCUUCUCCCCACCUCCUGUGGGUGUGGUCUGCUACAGAGUGUACUGUUGCUGUUGCCUGGCAAACAUCUCCAUCCCUGGGGUCAGCACCGCUGUGCCUGAGUUCCGCCCCUUCUUUUAUGUUAAUGUGGCUGACAUCAGCGCCCUGGAGAACGAGCUCUCGUAUGUAGCAUGUACUACCGAGAAGAUCUUUGAGGAGAAGAAAGAUCUCUAUGACGUGUACGUAGACAAUCAGAAUGUAAAAACCUACAGAGACGGCCUAAAGCCUCUGCUGCGCCUCAGCACUGCAGACCGGGAGAAAUAUCGCAAGCUCACAGAGCAGAGGCAGAUUCUGCUGUACUCUCAGGAGGAAAAUGGAGACUGUGUGUCCAGUGAAGAGGAUCUGUUUAUUCUGUUUUUCCUGGAGCAAAACAAUCGGAUAUUCCAGACACUGAGUGAGGUGGCAGGGAGCCCUGAUCCCACCUUGACACAGGAAAGUGUGCGAGCGAUGGGUCUGGAUCCUCAUGGGGACAGGCUCUUCUUGCUCCACCUGUUGGAAAUCUAUGGCUAUGACACUCUGCUGGUGUCGGAGCAGCUCUGCUGUAGCUGAAAGAGGAGACAGCUAGUCCUCUCUUUCUGUCAUCUCUGCUGAUCUUACAAAGGAAGUUGAUUUGCCUCGAGCCAACUCCCUAUGCUGCACUACUGGCUUCUUAAGAGUCUUCAGGACUGUUUGAGCCUCCAGAAACUUCUCUGGUAUAACUUAUUUUUGUUUUACGUCUCUGUCUGGCUUUUUGUUGACAAGAACAAGAACAGUAAGCUUUCUUGAGUUUAAGCUCUGCUUCAAACAGCUCCAUGGAGAUGAACUCACAUUUGAGGUGAAUAUGCCACUCUGAACGUGGACUUGAAAGUACUGGGACACGUAAAUGAAAUGAUAGAGCAGACUUCACUUCAUAUGAAGUUCGUGGUUUGGAGAUUUUCAGUGAACAAAACAGGUGAACUGGUGAUUAUGUGUGAGAGUGGCAGUCUUUCUGUAAAUAUUUUUUUUUCCCUUUGUGUGUUACGUAUCAGCGUAUGUAUGUGAUAUGGGGUCCAACUCCCUGCUGUGUUGCUAUCCUAGUAUCAAGUGCUGGAUUUACUUCAUGUUUUCAUGUCUCUGCACCCGAAUCAGGGCCUCAAUUCUUAGAAUGUGUGGAACCACAGGUCAAACCUCGUUUGUCUUUAAGAUCAAUGUCUGUAACUACUGCUGUUUUGAAUGGGAAAUGACUAGUUGAUGGAUUUUGCCUAUUCAUGACGACUGAUUAUCGCCCAUUUUGUUUGUGCUGAAACCAAAUCAGAUUUUCUUAUCGUGUCCAAAAGGCAAGAAAUGGUUGUACCUGCAUUUCAGGGUGAGCCGUUACACAAGCGGAACAUUUGUUGUCAAAGGGUCCAAUUGUUAUUUCUCAUUUAUAGACGCAAAUCAGAUUUGACGGCCAUCGUACAGCCAAAGAAAUAGGAUUAAAAACUAUUCUAUAGUUUUUAGAAUAAGGACAUAUCAAAGUUUGAUGUAAAGACUGGACGACAAUGUGAAAAGAUCACCUGUAGUAUUAAUCCCACAUUCAACCCUGUACAGAACCUCACAGCAAGUUUCAGCUCAUUGUUCAGCUUAAACCACAACCUGAGAGUUUUGGUUCACCCUCACUGCUUCUCGCAGCCUUGUUUUCAAUUAAAUAAAAAGGUGUUAAAUUAGGAGCAACAUUCAAAGCCUUUAACAAAUAUAAGACAUUGGAGUUAUGUUAAUGACAUUUUGAUCGUGUCAUUUUUGCAAAUAGUUUCAAAUCCAACAGUGGUCAUAUCCUUUUGUUCAUGUAGCCACUACCUUAGUGGGCCUUCCAUGAAAUGCUGGAUAGCCAGCACACACUAUUCACAAUUAACAGCUAGUAUUGUAACUUUUGACCGAUCACAAGUUGAUGCUGGGUACAUAGUUGAUCAGAGCAGAGAUUGAACCACAGUAAAUUUCCAGUGAAUCCAUAUCUUGCUAGGAAGCUUUAAAAAAAAAAACAGCUCUGAAGAACAUUUGUCAAAACCAGCAACCUCUUUCACAUGACACUCUUAUUUUGUCUGUUAAUAUGAAUUAUUGUGCUUAUUUAUGCAGAUUUUAGAUGUUUCUCCCUUUUGUGUGACAUUUUCAGAUUCUGCCGGAGGGCGUUCAUACAUCAGGUAUCGUUAAGAAAAUCAUGUAAAAAUAUUGUGUUCAGGGGAAAGUCCUUUGUACUUACUAUUAUUGUAUCACUGGUGGUAAAUGGUAAAAAUACCAUAAAUCUGAAAAGGUUUUUAUAAUUUCAUUCUUACACAAUCAUGCCACCACAUUCAGUUUGGUGUUUUGGUCAUGCUCUAUGCUGUGAACAAGUCACAUUUUCUUUUCCAUGUGGUUUUGUUUCUUUUUACUAAGUUGCUUUGUGUUGUUCAGAUGCAAAUAUAUGAUGAUAUGUAAAUAUUCAAUUACUGUAAUGAUCUGUGAAGAAAUGGGAUCACUUGAAUGUGUUUUCUGAGACAAUAAUGAUCCCAUUGACCCUGUAUGUCACUGAAAUCCCCAAUCAAUCCUCAUAUGUCCAACUGUACACUGUAAGAAAUUAAACUGAAGCAUAUUUUUCAUGCCACAUCACAGGGUGCUCCAGACAUCCUGGCACAGAGUAAACAUCCGUGUAGUUGAAGGUCCAAUUUAUGUUAAAACACUUUCACUUUAUUUAUUUUACUGUAAAUCAUCUCCAAAAUAAAGUGCACAGCCACUUGUGAAGAAA